GGGCAAGAAAACAAAAUCUGGAUCGAAUUUUUUAAUUCGUAUUCCUAGCCAUGGUUGGUUAUUUAUGAAACAAGCAUGCUCAAGAUUAAAUCCUUUUGAUCAAAUUUGCAAUAUUUGCACCCUUCUACAAAAUUAAUGAUUGUAAUGUUAAAUUAGUAAUCAAAAUUAUGGUAUCGAAUAAUAUGGAAGAUGGGAGGAGGAGUUACAUCGGCAAAGCAUACAAUCAAGUGCUAGAACGGCUUCAAGGAUAUAAUGUUGAAGAAGUCAACCGUCCCGGUUUCAGGGACGAGCUGUGGAAUCACUUCCUCCGCCUCCCGGUCCGUUAUGCUUUGGAUGUAAACACUGAAAAGGCAGAAGAUGUUCUUAUGCACAAGAAAUUGCUUGAAUUGGCACAUGAUCCCAACAUCAGGCCAGUCUUUGAAGUCCGCCUAGUCCAGGGUUAUGCAUUUCAGGACAAUAUUGAUCACGAUUCGGACACGGUUGAAGCCCGCGAGCUUCAUACUUUACUGCACGAGAUUACGAUCUCUACAAUUGACCAGCCAAAACUCCUCACUCGGAUGACUGCCCUGCUUUCUGAGGUUGGUUUGGACAUAAGAGAGGCCUAUGCAUUUUCGACUUCAGAUGGUUACUCCUUGGAUGUCUUUGUUGUUGCUGGUUGGCCUUAUGAGGAAACUGACAGGCUCAUUCGCGCAUUGGAGGCGAAAAUUCCAAAGCUGAGAAAUUUGGGGAGCUUUUGACUCACCUCCUUAUAUGGUUGCCCGGAUCAAAUAAUAUAUAUUACUUGCUGCACAUAAUAAAUUUAUUUUAUUAAACUAAAACAACAUAACACAGUGAGUAUUUUUCUGAUUCUUAUAUGAUUGCUGCAAUAUGAUGGAGGCAAUAGCCUGCAAAAUAAGCACGCAUGGUUGAGCCACUGUAAGUUGUAAUUGGUGUACAUGUUUUGUUCAAGAACUGUUUCCCAUUAUAUAACAUAGCUUUGAGUAUGUUAACAAUUUACACUGCGGAGUUUGGAACAUGAAGGUGAAAAUCCUACCGUCAAACUACUACUCUCAAAAAGGCUCUGUGAGAAGAAGUUGGAC